AUGGCCUCUCCACUGGUUAUAUGCUUAUCUUUCCAACCUUUCCAACCUUUCCCGCGCAGAACGAUGACUACUCCGCGAGACGUAUCUGCGCAAUCCGACAUCGUAAAGCUGAAAACUGAGCCAGAUGGCUCCUUCAAGCGCCCAGAUUCCACAUUCCGCAACUUCCUCCAGCGCAGUGGUAAAUUCCCUCCUGAGAAAGACCGGUACCACCUCUAUGUGGCGUAUUCUUGUCCUUGGGCUACGCGAACGCUCAUCGUGAGGAAGCUAAAGGGUCUGGAGGAGUUGAUUCCUGUAACCAUCGUUUCGCCUCGCAUGGACGCCAACGGAUGGCCGUUUGCCCAAAUCGACCCUUACCCAGGCGCCGAGGAGGACCCCCUCUAUAAAUCAGAACAUGUGAAGGACCUCUACCUCAAAGCCGAUCCGAACUACGCAGGAAGAUUCACUGUACCUGUCCUCUGGGACAAGAAGCAGCACACAAUCGUGAACAACGAGAGUUCUGAGAUCAUUCGCAUCUUCAAUACGGCGUUCAACGAAUUCUUGCCAACAGACAAGGCUGCUGUAGAUCUAUACCCUCAGGACUUGCGCCCCGAGAUCGAUUCUCUCAAUGAGUGGAUUUACAAGGAUAUCAACAACGGCGUGUAUCGAACUGGCUUCGCCACGACCCAAGCUGCGUACGAGAAAGCUGUUUAUGAGGUCUUCAAUGCCCUCGACCGGGUUGAGAAGCACCUAAUUGGGAAAGACUACCUCGUUGGCGACAAACUGACCGAGGCAGACAUACGCCUGUGGGUGACGAUUAUUCGCUUCGAUCCUGCAUACGUCGGCAACUUCAAAUGCAACAUUCGCGACAUCCGGAACGGGUAUCCUACUAUUCACCUGUGGUUGAGGAAGCUGUACUGGAACAACCCGGCCUUCAAGGACUCGACCAACUUCGAGCAUAUUAAAUGCUAUUACUGGAUGCCGCAAAUCAACCCGACUCGCAUCUUGCCCGUUGGACCUAUCCCUCCGAUUCAACCGCUCUAG